AUGAGCAUUCACUCACUCGAUCAUGCGCAGACCAUUGAGCUGCCACCUGUCGCUUUCGAUGAAAGAGACAUCGAGGCAAAUCCGCGGGCAUAUAACUCACCGCCAUCACCCUUUUCCACGCCCGCCAAGGGAGCGGCUCCUCAUUCGCCUGGAACAUUCACUACUGCGGCUCGGAUCACAUCGCAGGAUACGGUCAAACAUCGCGUGCGACGCUCCAACACAGCCCGCUCUUAUCAUCCCGACAGUGUUGCUCAUGACCCCAACUGGCAACCAGGAACAGAGCCAGGCAUUGACCCGAACAAACCACCUCCCGCCUAUGGCGCCGAUUGGGCACCCCAUAUACCUGCUGAAUUACACAGAAGGUGCGAGAUAAUCGUGGUGGACUUUUCGCAACAUGAAAUGCGGCAGUACGAGCUGGACAAUGACACACUGGAAGCGUUCCUCGAGCGAGAAAGGGAGCCUUGGGUCCAAUGCAGGUGGAUCAAUGUCAAUGGGCUGAGUUGGGAUGUCAUCAGGAUUUUGGGAAAGCAUAAGGGUGUCCACAGACUUGCAAUUGAGGACAUGAUCAACACGACAAACCGUACGAAGGCGGACUGGUAUUCGGAUCACGCUUAUAUCGUGCUUACCUUGCAGAAGCUGGUAAAGCUCAGGGAGGAGUCUAGCAGUGACUCUGAAGAGGAACAAGAAGACGGACGGAGCUCAUUCGCACGCGACCGCAAAACUUCGACAGCAAGUGGGAAGGCCCAUUCACUGAAGCGGCCAACCAAAAGAUCUCUCGUUGUGGCCGCAUUGAAAGAUCUCUUCACAUUUCAGUCAUCAAAGGAGACAGACGACAGAUAUGCUCGUAGGGCGAGCGUUCGCCCUUCGCGGAGGAGGAGAGCCUCGGCAAAACCCCAGGCCAAUUUGGGUGACAGUGUCAGUGCAGGGCUCACGGCGCGCAGCAUUCAGCGCUUCCGCGGGGGGCCAAACGAGGACAGGAUCGGGUUCAUGGAACGCCAUGCCGUUCUAGCAUCGAAGGGUCUGAGUGUCACACUCGAACAGGUUUCGCUAUUCUUGCAUGCAGAUAAUACGGUCACCUCCUUCUUCGAGACAAGUGCCGACGACAUUGAGGCGCCUAUUGUUCGUCGCCUUAGUUCGCCGGAGACGAUUUUGCGCCAAUCCUGCGAUGCCAGCAUGCUCUUGCAAGCUAUAUUAGACGCCAUAAUUGACCUGGCUAUUCCAGUGACGAGCGCCUAUCAAGACGCAAUCGGCGACCUGGAACUCGAAGUCCUCACAGAUCCCGACGUGGAUCAAUCCAAAAGGUUGUAUAUACUAACGUCUGAGAUUGCUGUUUUGCGAAGCUCCAUGCAGCCGAUUGUGACGGUCAUCAACGCGCUCCGUGACCAUCGCUCAGAGCCCGUCAGUGCCCCUGGCUUCGGCCUCAAACAACUCGGCACCACAACGCCACUUUCAACGUCAGGUUUCAACAGCUCAGACGCUCAGACCCAGGUGGGGGUCGCCACGCCAAAUCUGAAGAGCUUGGGUGGAUCAAGUGUCUCCAUCAGCCACAUGUGUCAUACGUACCUAGGGGAUGCGCUGGAUCAUUGUAUAACUAUUGUGGAGACAUACGACCAAAUGAGACGUGCUGCUGACAACAUGAUCGAUCUGAUAUUCAACACAAUCGGAGCCUAUCAGAGCGAAAGCAUGAAGCAGCUGAGCCUUGUGACAUGCCUCUAUCUGCCAUUGACAUUCUUGACUGGUUACUUUGGAAUGAACUUUCAGGACUUCGCUGCAAUCCAUCAUACUGAUUCUUACUUCUGGAUGAUUGCGGUUCCUUUCGUCUUCGCAACGACUCUUUUUCUGAUGCGGGACAAGAUUCAGCGCUACGCGGUGCUGCUGGCCCAGAGACGAUUGAUCAUCAGCUCGAGGAAGCAGAGACGCGAGCGAAAGCCCAUGAAACGGGUUUGA